AUGCCUGACGUACAAAGGCAUGGAGGUAGGAGACUAAAUGUCAGCUAUGUUUGUCAAGCAAUCAUAAAAGUUCAUUCAUCUGCUGCACCAGAUGAUCUGAUGAAUCAGAUAAAGAUGAAAAUCCUUGGGAACCACACACAUGGACAUUUCACACAAGGCCAUACGACUUUAAGUGUGGAGUCUGAACAUGUAGAAGUUAAGAAAUUAGAGCCAGGAAAGUGCAUGGAGGAAGAAACCACUUCCAGAUACAAAGGAACAUAUAAGUGGCCAUUAACCAAUCCUACAGAGACAGCUCAAAGCCCAUGUGUUAAGAAUCCUAGUCAGAAAGCUACCAGAAUUUGCAUUAUUGAUGCUGAGAAUGGCAAAUCAAGCUGGGGAGCCCCCCACUAUACACCAUGUAAACUGCUCCAGGCACUUCCAGAUAAGAUUGUCGACCUUGAAGAUGUUCUCAUAACUGAUGAGAAUGCCAAUGAUGUUGCUGAGCACAUUUUAAGUCUGAUACAUGACUCCCCAGGCCUGAACCAAAAAGAAAUCAAGAUUAUUGUUUUGAAGGUGUCUGACAUCUCAAAAUGUGAUGAAUUAAGUCUGAAUCUAGCACAGAUUCUGUUACAGAUACUUGAUGUGGUUUUGGGGAUUGGAUUGCUGCCUGAUCAGUCCUUGCUAAGCAAUGAGAUCUUGAGGACAAUUGAGCAGGUAGGUUACAAGAUGAAGUUUUCUGGGAAGACCGCCAAUGUAACUGUGGCCUCAUUGGCUCUAGCUGUGCUUCAGGUGGAGGAGGAAUUUGAAGGCGUUUCCUUUAGUAUUCACUACUAUAAGGAAGGCAUGGACCCUGAGGUUUAUCUAGACACAGCACCUCAGAGGACGACUUUGGCUUCCAUGUAUUUGCCUAAAUCACUGAAGAAGAGAAUUCCUUUCGACCUACAGAAGAUCGUGUUUAGCUUCUUUGGGCAAACGUCAAUCUUUGAGCACCACAUUUCCCAAAAUGAAAACUUAACCACUUAUGUUGUGAGCACCAGUGCUGCAAAUACAUCACUUUGGAACCUGGCUGAUCCGAUAGAAUUCACGUUACAGCAUAUCAGAGGAAACACGAAGUGGGCUCAUGUCCAGUGUGUAUUCUGGGACUUUGAGAAGAAUGAUGGACUAGGUGGAUGGAAUUCAUCAGGCUGUGAAGUAAACAAAACGGAUGUCAAUUAUACAAUCUGUCAGUGUAAUCAUCUUACUCACUUUGGAGUCUUAAUGGAUUUGUCCAGGUCUGAAGUGGAUAAGGUCAAUGAACAGAUCUUAACAAUCAUAACAUAUUCUGGAUGUGGAAUCUCUUCUGUUUUUUUGGGAACUGCAACGGUGACUUAUCUAGCUUUUCGCCAACUUCGUCAAGAUAAUCCAUCCAAAAUCCUGAUCAAUUUGUGUGUUUCCUUGCUGAUGUUGAACCUGUUGUUUCUGACCAAUUCCUGGUUGACGGCCUUUGAAAACUCUGGCCUCUGUAUCGCCCUGGCCAUGCUGCUCCAUUAUUUUCUGAUCUCCUCCUUCACUUGGAUGGGCCUGGAAGCUGUCCACAUGUAUUUUUCCCUGGUCAAAGUCUUCAACGUCUAUGUGAAAAAUUACAUGCUUAAAUUUUGCCUGGUUGGCUGGGGAGUCCCAGCAGUCAUCGUUGGGAUCAUACUAAUCAUGAAGAGGGAUUUUUAUGGCAUUUUGAAGACGUCCACAUCAUUCUGCUGGAUUCAAGACAAUCUUACCUUUUACAUCUCCAUCGUGGCCUAUUUUUGCCUCAUAUUUCUCUUAAAUCUAUCCAUGUUCUUCACUGUUCUCUUCCAAAUCAAUUCCAUGCAAUUACAGAAGCAGAAAGUGUGGAGAAAGAAGAUCCUGAGUGACCUCAAGAGUACCACAAGCCUCACCUUCCUGCUUGGUCUCACCUGGGGCCUGGCUUUUUUUGCCUGGGGACCCAUGAGGAUCCUUUUUUUGUAUCUCUUUUCCCUUUUUAACACAGCACAAGGAUUCUUUAUCUUUGUGUUCCACUGUCUACUGAAGGAGAAUGUGAGGAAACAGUGGCGAAAACACUUGUGCUGUGGGCGGUUUCGACUGAAGAACUGCUCUGAUGGGAACAGCAGAUUUGGGUUAAAUUGUGAGUGCAAGCAGAACAGAACACAAAAGAACUGUGAGGAUGGAUUGGUAACAGUCCCAAGAGUCCACCAAGGCACGGAAUCGACCUCUGUCCACUUUUAGGAGCUCUGAACAAAGGCAUAAUUUGGUCAUGAGUUUCCAAAAUGAAGUCUGUAAUGACAUUGCUUCAUCACCAAAGCACUGUGGUAUGGGAAGACAGGACUUGACAUCGGAAAGACCUGGAUUUGAAUCCUGCCUCAGAAUUUAUUAGCUGUGUGACCCUGGGCCAGUCACUCAGGCCAC